GGAAAUGAAAAUCGAAAGAAGAAUGAAAAAACAUGAAUCCAGCAUCGAAAUAGCAAAGUUGGGUUCAUCGGAACCCAGCUGGGUCUUGUCGAACCCAGCUGCUGGGUUCGGGGGAACCCAGCAAGGCUGGGUUCGACGAGACCCAACAGGGUUCAUCGGAACCCAGGCUAGGUUUCCUAAAACCCAGCCAAGCUGGGUUCGACGAGGCCUGCAGGGUCUCGUUGGAACCCAGCAAGGGAGACCCAGCCAGGCUGGGUUCCAACAAGAUCCAACAGGCUGGGUUCGUUGCCGCCAUCGGAAUCCAGCCUGGUGGAGACCCAAGGCAAGAAAGAAAGAAAGAGAAAGAAAGAAGGGGAAGAAGAGGGAUUGGGUGGGUGAGGGUAGUUAGGUAAUUUUAUUUGUUUUUAUUUAAACUAUAAAUAUUAAUCUACG